AUGUCAAACCCUACCAUUCUCAUUGUCGGCACCACCGACACCAAGCUCGAUGAAAUCCUCUAUCUGCGCGCCCAGAUUCUUGCCCAAGGGGCUUACUAUCAAACCAAGAUUCUGGACAUAAGCCAUACCCCAGCCAAGUCUCCAGCGUUGGGCGACAUCCCCUCAGCUGAGAUCGUCUCACCCCUCCUUGAUCAGAGCUCGGCUUUGAAGACACUGCCGCGGGGCGAGUACAUUGACAAGGCUAUUGAGAUAUGUCUGCCAGAUGUCCAGGACUUGGUCUCCAAGUCCCAGAUCCAGGGAAUUGUGUCCGCCGGUGGGAGCAGUGCGUCCUCGCUGGCCACAGCGUUAAUGCGCAAAGCAUGUCCCGUCGGCUUCCCCAAACUCAUGGUAUCGACAAUGGCCAGUGGGGAUAUCAAGCACUACAUCGAAGAGACAGACAUCACCAUGAUGUAUAGUGUGGUCGAUAUUGCGGGCGUCAACUCCAUUCUCAAGCGGAUCUUGUCCAACGCGGCUGCGGCAAUUGCUGCCAUGACUUUGUCUUAUUCAAAGUCUCUGCUUGACCCCUCGAAGUCCGAGGUGAAAGACAAACGGAUCGCCAUCACCAUGUUUGGGAACACUACCCCCUGCGUCGACCAGGUCCGUCGCAUCUUAACAUCCACUCCACAUGACGUGUCUGAGUAUGAGAUCUAUGUCUUCCAUGCAACCGGUGCGGGCGGGCGUGCCAUGGAGCGACUUAUUGCCGAGCGACAGAUCGACGCUGUGAUCGAUCUGACCACCACCGAGAUUCCCGAUGAGCUAUUUGGCGGGGUGCUCUCUGCUGGUCCAGGCCGGUUGGAGGUGGCUGCCAAGAUGGGAAUUCCUCUGGUCGUCUCGGUCGGAGCAUGCGACAUGGUCAAUUUUGGACCCAGAGACGCGGUGCCGGAGAAAUGCAAGGAUCGGAAAUUGAUUGCACACAACCCGUCAGUGACACUGAUGCGGACGACGCCGGAAGAAAACAGACAGAUAGGACAGUUCAUCGCCUCCAAGCUUACCACUCACACCACCAAUCCAAGUGUGAUUCGGGUGCUUCUCCCCCUGGGUGGGGUCAGUAUGCUUGAUGCACCAGGCAAGCCGUUCCAUGACCCUGAUGCCGACAAUGCCUUGUUCGAAAGCAUUGAAGAGGGACUCGAGGGGUCGGGGAUCGAGAUUGAGAAGCAUCUACUGAAUAUCAACGACGAGCAAUUCGCAGGCCACGUCGCUUCUGCCAUCCUGGAAGUGAUGGGUGUCUCACCAAGGAAAUACAGGCUGGCGAACGCUCGCAGACGAAAAUGGAGUUUUGACCACGGUACCACCGUGAUGGCCGCCAGGAGGAAUAGUCUGAUUGAAAUCCCAGACGCGGUUUGA